UCCAGACCGGAAAUACAAUCAGAACCGGGACAGCACCGACCGGAACCAGCACCAGACUGUGACACCCGGGACCAGGACAGCAAUGCAGGAGGACGCCGUGUAUCUAAAGCGCAAAGUGAAAGGCGGGAACAUAGAUGUCCAUCCGAGUGAGAAAGCCCUCGUGGUUAACUAUGAAGUGGAAGCCACCAUCCUUGGGGAGAUGGGAGACCCAAUGCUUGGCGAGCGCAAAGGCUGUCAGAAAAUCAUUCGGCUGAAAAGUCUCAAUGCCAACACUGAUAUUUCGUCAUUGGCACGCAAAGUGGUCGAAGAAUGCAAGCUCAUCCACCCAUCUAAACUGUCCGAAGUGGAGCAGCUCCUCUACUACCUUCAGAACCGACAGGAUGGAGUUUCUGGAAAAGAAAAAAAAGAAAAGUCAUCCGCCAAACCGAAGGACCCCCCAACCUUUGAAGGCACCGAGAUUGACGAAAUCGCUAAUAUUAACGAUAUGGAUGAAUACAUAGAACUUUUGUAUGAAGAUAUUGCCGAUAAAGUCCGAGGUUCAGCAUUAAUCCUGCAGUUGGCGCGUAACCCUGACAAUCUGGAAGAAUUGCUGCAUAAUGAGACCGCACUGGGUGCGUUGGCCAGAGUACUGCGAGAAGACUGGAAGCAGAGCGUGGAGCUCGCAACAAACAUCAUUUAUAUCUACUUCUGUUUCUCCAGUUUUUCUCAGUUCCAUGGGUUGAUCACGCAUUACAAAAUUGGCGCACUCUGCAUGAACAUCAUUGAUCACGAGUUGAAGAGACACGAACUUUGGCAAGAAGAAUUGUCCAAGAAGAAACGAUCAGUUGAUGACGAACCGGAUAAUCAGACUUUGAAAAAGGAAUAUGAGAAGACUUAUAAGAAAUACCAAGGGUUACUUGUUAAACAAGAACAGCUUCUACGAGUGGCGCUGUAUCUGUUGCUGAACCUGGCGGAGGACACUCGCACGGAAUUAAAGAUGAGAAAUAAGAAUAUUGUCCACAUGCUAGUCAAGGCUCUGGACAGGGAGAACUUUGAACUUCUCAUACUCGUUGUUUCGUUCCUGAAGAAACUCAGCAUAUUUCUAGAGAACAAGAAUGAUAUGGCUGAAAUGAAUAUCAUUGAAAAACUGUCCCAAAUGGUGCCUUGCGAACACGAGGAUUUGCUGAACAUCACCUUGCGACUUCUUCUCAAUCUGUCGUUUGACACAGGCUUGCGAAACAAGAUGGUGCAGGCAGGACUUCUUCCCAAGCUCACCGUACUCUUAGAUAAUGAAAACUACAAGCAAAUUGUUAUGUGUAUUCUGUAUCAUAUCAGCAUGGACGAUCGCUUCAAGUCAAUGUUUGCAUACACAGACUGUAUACCACAGUUAAUGAAGAUGUUGUUUGAAUCUUCUGACGAGCGCAUUGAUCUUGAGUUAAUAUCUUUCUGUAUAAAUCUGGCAGCAAAUAAGCGCAACGCCCAGCUCAUCUGUGAAGGAAACGGGCUGAAGAUGUUGAUGAAGAAAGCUUUGAAAUUUAAGGACCCUUUGCUUAUGAAGAUGAUUCGGAAUAUUUCGCAGCACGAAGGGCAAACCAAAAAUGUAUUCAUAGACUACGUUGGAGAUUUGGCCGCGCAGAUUACAAACCAUGAGGAGGAAGAAUUUGUGAUAGAAUGCCUCGGCACACUGGCUAAUCUCACCAUCGGCGAUCUAGAUUGGGAGCUAGUGCUGAAAGAAUACCGUCUUGUUCCCUAUCUGAAGGACAAACUUAAACCAGGGUCGGCCGAGGAUGAUCUGGUGUUGGAAGUGGUCAUUAUGAUUGGGACAGUGUCCAUGGAUGACUCCUGCGCUGCAUUAUUGGCCAAGUCUGGCAUCAUUCCGGCACUCAUUGAGCUUCUGAAUGCUCAGCAAGAAGAUGAUGAAUUUGUGUGUCAGAUUGUAUAUGUCUUCUAUCAAAUGGUUUUUCACCAAGCCACCAGAGACGUCAUCAUAAAGGAAACUCAGGCGCCCGCGUACCUCAUCGACUUGAUGCAUGAUAAAAACUCUGAGAUCCGCAAAGUGUGCGAUAACACCCUUGAUAUCAUAGCGGAAUAUGACGAGGAAUGGGCAAGAAAGAUACAAAGUGAGAAAUUCCGCUGGCAUAACUCGCAGUGGCUGGAGAUGGUAGAGAGCCGACAGCUGGAUGAGAGCGAGCAAUAUCUAUAUGGCGACGAACCCAUUGAACCUUUUAUCCACGAGGGCGAUAUCCUGGAACGGCCGGAUCUAUACUACACUGCAGAAGGCCUGAUUCCAUCUGACAGAGCGGUGAGUCCAGACUUCUUCAGUGAAUACAACCUUCAGAACGGAGAUCUCAUCGGACAGCAUGCGUAUGACAAUGGGAUCGGUGUGGAUAGCUUUGAACAUUCGACAGGUUUGCCCGUGAGACCUUCAACAGCUUACGGCUAUCGCCCAGAUGAGCCAUAUUACUACGGCAUUGGCGCGCGUUAAUAAAUAUCGUCCCAUGUUCUGAUGGCUUGGAUGUUCUCUAACCAUGAUAAAGGCAUGCUUUAACCACUGUUAGUAUUUAUUGAAAUUUUAUAGUUGGCGUUCUAAUUUAUUUGUUAUAUUUGUAGCCAAACUAAUGUUUUAUUUAUAAAUCACAGAUAACAGGCAAUGUUAUUGAUAGAGGAAAAGUUAAAAAAAAAAAAACCUGUAACCCUACAAUAUGGCGUCCUAAAUGUAUGUUUUAUGGUUUCAGCAAAUACUUAGCCUGACACUUGUCUUAGCUUUCUACAUCUUCUGUCAGAGCAGUUGGUGGAUCCGCAUACCGAUGGUCACUCCACUGCAAAUAACCCCUGAAUAAAUACAUUGAAAAUCA